AUGCGGCUAAACCAGUUGUUUUUCAUGGGGGCUGCUGAAAGUGACACAUCCAGCGAUACAUCGCCGCCAACAUCCACAGAUUCCACAACGAGUACUUUGACUGAUAGUGUUUACAGCUCACCUGCCGCUGACAUGGACACGACAACCGAAAAUGUUUGGAUUACGCAGGAUUGGACCGAGAGUGAAACAACUGCAGUAGGUGAGCCCUAG